AUGGGGAGAGUUAUUCGUGCUCAGCGUAAAGGUGCGGGAUCGGUGUUCAAGUCCCACACGCACCACCGCAAGGGACCAGCCCGGUUCAGAAGUUUGGACUUCGGCGAGCGAAAUGGUUACCUCAAAGGUGUCGUCACCGAUAUCAUUCACGAUCCUGGCCGUGGAGCUCCACUUGCCAAGGUCGCCUUCCGUCACCCUUUUAGGUACAAGAAACAGAAAGAGCUCUUCGUCGCCGCCGAGGGCAUGUACACCGGCCAGUUCAUCUACUGUGGCAAGAAGGCGACUCUCGUCGUCGGCAACGUCUUGCCGCUCAGAUCCAUCCCUGAAGGGGCUGUGGUCUGCAACGUUGAGCACCAUGUCGGUGAUCGCGGUGUCCUUGCUAGGGCUUCUGGUGAUUACGCCAUUGUUAUCAGCCAUAACCCCGACAACGACACCACCAGGGUGAAGCUUCCUUCUGGUGCGAAGAAGAUUGUUCCAAGCGGCUGUAGGGCAAUGGUUGGGCAGGUUGCAGGGGGAGGUAGGACUGAGAAGCCUCUUCUUAAAGCUGGUAAUGCUUAUCACAAAUUUAGAGUGAAGAGAAACUGCUGGCCAAAGGUACGUGGUGUGGCUAUGAACCCAGUUGAGCAUCCUCACGGAGGAGGUAAUCACCAGCAUAUUGGACAUGCAAGCACAGUCAGGCGUGAUGCUCCUCCUGGCCAAAAGGUGGGUCUCAUUGCUGCUAGGAGAACUGGUCGGCUCAGGGGACAAGCCGCUGCAACUGCUGCCAAAGCUGAUAAGGCCUAA